AUGAUCUUCCUGCUUCUCCUUGCCUUCUUUCCCAGUCCACUGAGGUUAGGGCUGGGCAUCAACUCUUCCGUCUGCCCAGCCCGGUGCAAAUGUUCUUCUGAAGCCAUCACAUAUUGUAAUAGGGCUGGGCUCCGGAGUCUCCCCAGAGAAAUCGAAGCCUCGACGGUCUCGCUGAGCCUGUCCAACAACUUCCUGCGUCUCCUGACAGCCGAUGCUUUCAACAACCUGACGUUCCUCAACAGCCUCUGGCUGGACCACAACAACCUGACGUUCCUCUACCCAGGUGCCUUCAAGUCGCUCUGCAGCCUGCGGGUUCUGUAUCUCAACAGGAACUCCCGGCUGACCUACCUGCACGCCCACACCUUCCAGGGCCUGCGGAACCUCAUCAGCUUGGACUUAUCCCACUGCAACCUCUUCGAGAUCCACCCCUUGGUCUUCUCCCACCUGCUCUCUCUGGAGGUCCUCGACCUGACUUCCAACAAACUGCGCUACAUCCCGCAAGCUUUCCGGAGCUUGACCAGCCUCACGAAGCUCUCCCUGGAGAGAAACAACAUCGAGGCGAUUGGCAAAGAUUCCUUGAAGGCCAUGACCACCUUGCAGGAUCUGAACCUCCGGAAGAAUCGCAUCUGGACCAUCCAGCAGGAUGCCUUCCUCCAACUGGACAAGCUGGGCGUGUUGGAUUUAGGGCACAACCGUCUCUCCGAUUUGCCUAAUCAGCUUUUCAGCGGAUUAAGCCAGCUCAAGACGGUACACCUCGAGGCCAACCGGCUCACCCAGAUCAACUGCUCCUUGAGCAGCCUUCACAGCUUGACAAAGCUGUACCUGAACAACAACCAGAUCCUGUCCAUCACGGGCUCGGCUUUCUCCCACCUCAAGGAGCUGAGCUUCCUGCACUUGAACCGGAACAACCUUACCCAGCUCUCCAGCCGCCUGCUCACAGAGCUGCCCAAGCUGAGAUCCGUCUUCUUGUCGCACAACCCCUGGCAGUGCGACUGUGGCAUGCUGUGGUUCGCCACCUGGAUCCUGACCUACCAAGGGCUGAUCGAGGGUCUGCACUGUGCCAUCCCUAUGGUACACAACAGAUCAGUGCUCGGUCCCUUUGCUCAGGAUGCCUUGUCCCAUUGCACUCCGCCAUCAGGACUGAUCAGAGAGGACGUCUGCGAUGGAGGACCCCACAGCAACAGGGCUUCUUGUCGACCAGGUGCUCCCCAGACAUUGCUCUGCCUCCUGAUCACCUGGUGGGCUUGCCUUUCGGUGGAUUCCUUCCUCCUCAGAUAG